AUGCUGAUGCAGGCUCGGCGCAGGAACUACUGGAUCGUUGCCAUCGUCGGUGGUGUUUCCUACAUCUCGGUGCUUGCUUUGCUGCCUGAGACGUACGCACCAGUCAUCCUGAAAAGGAAACAAGCGUACCUCCGAAAAGACCAAUCCGAAGAGAAUCCUAAGAUCGACUACUAUGUCACGCUCACCCGCCCUUGGAUCAUGCUCUUCACCGAGCCCAUACUGUUCCUCCUCUCUCUUUACAUGGCCUUCUGUUACGGCAUCCUGUACCUCGACUUCACGGCCUACCCCAUCGUCUUCUCCCAAACCCGCGGCUGGGCACCAGGUCCAUCAGGCCUAUCAUUCCUGGGCAUCGGCAUCGGCAUGGCCCUCGCAACCGCCUCCUCCCCCCUCAUCAACCGCGUGCACGCGCACUACGUCACCAAACUCAAACAGAGCAGCACCGCCAACGACAACAACUCCUCCCCACCCGAAGCCCGCUUCCCGCACCUAAUCCUCCUCUCCUGGCUCAUCCCACUCGGCCUCUUCUGGUUCGCCUGGACGUCUUCACCACGAUACCACGCUUUACUACCCAUCGCAGCGGGCAUCCCCUUCGGCGCCGGCUUCGUGCCGCUCUUCCUGGCCAUCACGGCGUACCUGACCGACUGCUACGGACGUCGCUUCGCCGCCAGCGCGCUCGCCGCCAACGCCCUGCUGCGCGGCCUGUUCGGCGCCACGUUUCCGCUGUUCGUCCGCGACGUGUACGAGGCGCUGGGCACCGAGUGGGCGACCAGCGUGCUGGGCUUCGUGGCGCUGGGGAUGGCGCCGCUGCCGUGGGUGUUUUUCCGGUGGGGACGGGCGUUGAGGGCGAGGAGUGGGUUUCAUCGGCGGGCGGUGGAGGUGGAGGAGGCGGAGGGAGUGUGA